AUGACACUAAAGUCACUAAAGCAUAAGGACAUGUCAGAUGAUGAGGCAUCUGCAAGUACAGAUGCAAGUGAAGAUGAAGGAAGGCGGAGCGUCAGAAGAAAAAGAAACGAAAAAGAAAAUGAAACAUUUGGGCCUUGA